CGGCCGCCGCGCGCUUCUCCGGCCAGCCCACCGGGUCCCGGCGCCGUCUCCACGCCGCUGACCCUCAGGGGGCAGGACGGACUGCUGCUCCUCGCGCCGGCGGACGGCGGGAUGGAAAACUAAGCCCAGUUUUGGUCUUUUUAACCUUUACGAGAAGAGGCGAGGAAAGAAGGGGGUGUGUGUCUGGGGAGGGCGAAGGAGCCGCGAACACCUCCUCUUAACUCUCGCAGCCCCGCGAGCGAACGACUGCAUCAGCUGCCUCCGGCCGGAACCGCCGACACAAGGAGAGGGGGCAGCGCAGCAGCGAGCGAGCGAGCGAGCGCGGCCUGGGAGGCUUCGGGGCGCCCCCUCACCCCCGCCGGGUGGCAGCCGCGGGAGCGGGCCGGGGGCGCCGGAGGCACGCUCCGGCGAUGAAGCGGCUUCCCCCGUGGCUGGUGCGAGCCGGUGCCAGGGUCCAAGGACAAAGCCGGGAAGCGCUGGUGGCGCCGCUCCUCGGGCUGAGGGGGGGGCAUGCACCUGCAUAGCCCGCGGGGCCUCGGCUCUCCCCGGCGCGCCUCAACUCCGCUGCUUCGCCGUAGCCUGCUCCGGAUUUACUAGAAGCCAUUUUGUCUCCCCCACCCCUCCCCUCCCCUCCCCUCCCCUCUCCUCUGCCCUCCCCGCCCCCUCCACUUCCCCCCUUUUGUUAAUUAAAACUAAGAAGUAAGAAUGGCAACGACGUGGCCGGGUCCCGUGGAGAACGCUUAAGGACACCACGCCAAUUCCUUCCUUCCUUCCGAGAUGGAAAGAGGAGCUCCUAGCUCAUUUAAGCCGGGGUAGGGCUGGUUCUCCUUUCCGAGCCAAAAUCCCAGGCGAUGGUGAAUUAUGAACGUGCCACACCAUGAAGCUCUUGUGGCAGGUAACUGUGCACCACACCUGGAAUGCCGUCCUGCUCCCCGUCGUCUACCUCACGGCGCAAGUGUGGAUUCUGUGUGCAGCCAUCGCCGCUGCCGCCUCCGCCGGGCCCCAGAACUGCCCAUCCGUUUGCUCGUGCAGUAACCAGUUCAGCAAGGUGGUGUGCACCCGCCGGGGCCUUUCCGAGGUCCCCCAGGGUAUUCCCUCCAACACCCGGUACCUCAACCUCAUGGAAAACAAUAUCCAGAUGAUCCAGGCCGACACCUUCCGCCACCUCCACCACCUGGAGGUCCUGCAGCUGGGCAGGAACUCCAUCCGGCAGAUCGAGGUGGGGGCCUUCAACGGCCUGGCCAGUCUCAACACCCUGGAGCUGUUUGACAACUGGCUGACCGUCAUCCCCAGUGGGGCCUUUGAGUACCUGUCCAAGCUGCGGGAGCUCUGGCUUCGCAACAACCCCAUAGAAAGCAUCCCCUCUUAUGCCUUCAACCGGGUGCCCUCCCUCAUGCGCCUCGACCUGGGGGAGCUCAAGAAGCUGGAGUACAUCUCUGAGGGCGCUUUUGAGGGACUAUUCAACCUCAAGUACCUGAACCUGGGCAUGUGCAACAUUAAAGAUAUGCCCAAUCUGACCCCGUUGGUGGGGCUGGAGGAGCUGGAGAUGUCAGGGAACCACUUCCCUGAGAUCAGGCCUGGCUCCUUCCAUGGCCUAAGCUCCCUCAAGAAGCUCUGGGUCAUGAACUCCCAGGUCAGCCUGAUUGAGCGGAACGCUUUUGAUGGGCUGGCCUCGCUUGUGGAACUCAACUUGGCCCACAAUAACCUCUCUUCUUUGCCCCAUGACCUCUUCACCCCACUGAGGUACCUUGUGGAGUUGCACCUACACCACAAUCCGUGGAACUGCGAUUGUGACAUUCUGUGGCUAGCCUGGUGGCUUCGGGAGUACAUACCCACCAAUUCUACCUGCUGUGGCCGCUGCCAUGCUCCCCUGCACAUGCGUGGCCGCUACCUGGUGGAGGUGGACCAGGCCUCCUUCCAGUGCUCUGCCCCCUUCAUCAUGGAUGCCCCUCGAGAUCUCAAUAUCUCUGAGGGUCGGAUGGCAGAACUUAAGUGUCGGACUCCCCCAAUGUCCUCCGUGAAGUGGCUGCUGCCCAAUGGGACAGUGCUCAGCCACGCCUCCCGCCACCCGAGGAUCUCUGUCCUCAAUGACGGCACCUUGAACUUUUCCCACGUGCUGCUCUCAGACACGGGGGUCUACACUUGCAUGGUGACCAAUGUGGCAGGCAACUCCAACGCCUCGGCCUACCUCAACGUGAGCACGGCCGAGCUCAACACCUCCAACUACAGCUUCUUCACAACAGUCACAGUGGAGACCACUGAGAUCUCACCUGAGGAUACAACGCGCAAGUACAAGCCUGUUCCUACGACGUCCACUGGUUAUCAGCCGGCAUAUACCACCUCUACCACGGUGCUCAUUCAGACCACCCGUGUGCCCAAGCAGGUACCCGCGACAGACACCAAUGAUAAGAUGCAGACCAGCCUGGAUGAAGUCAUGAAGACCACCAAGAUUAUCAUUGGCUGCUUUGUGGCAGUGACUCUGCUAGCUGCUGCCAUGUUGAUUGUCUUCUAUAAACUUCGUAAGCGGCACCAGCAGAGGAGUACGGUCACAGCUGCCCGGACAGUUGAGAUUAUCCAGGUGGAUGAAGACAUCCCAGCGGCGGCGUCUGCAGCAGCAACAGCAGCUCCAUCCGGUGUAUCAGGUGAGGGGGCAGUAGUGCUGCCCACAAUUCAUGACCAUAUUAACUACAACACCUACAAACCAGCACAUGGGGCCCACUGGACAGAAAACAGCCUGGGGAACUCUCUGCACCCCACAGUCACCACAAUCUCUGAACCUUAUAUAAUUCAGACCCAUACCAAGGACAAGGUACAGGAAACUCAAAUAUGACUCCCCCUCCCCCUAAAAACUUAUAAAAUGCAAUAGAAUGCACACACACACACACACACACACACACACACACACACACAAAAGACAGCAACUUUUGUACAGAGUGGGGAGAGACUUUUUCUUGUAUAUGCUUCUAUAUUAAAUCUACGGGCUGGUAAAAAGAAAAAGAUUAUAUUAAAAUUUAAAAACAAAAAUUCAAAACAAAACUAUUUUCUAACUUGUAAGUUCUAUUUAAAGGGGGGAGUGGGGAUCUUGGGAACAUUGUGGGGUAGGAGCCACAAGUCAACUUGCUUUGAUACCAGAAGGGAUUUCUGAUACAAGGGGGAAACUGCUAAGAUAAACUAAAACAACAACAAAUAUCCCUAAAGAGGUAGGGUGCGGGCUGCU